UUCUAAACUCCGCCCUUCACCUCGCAUUUCUGUCAAGAGAUUUCGCUGUAAAGUCGUCGUCACCGUUCGGAAAGAGAGAAGAAUACCGCCACUUAAAGGGCUGUGGCGACAAACACAAGCUGUCAUCUCACGAGCUUUUCAUUUUAGACAAACAGUAGUUCACCUGCACCUGUGUCUUAGCGAUGUUGGAUCCGUCCUCAAGCGAAGAUUCGGGGGGAGAUGAGGACCCUGAAGUUCCAAAAGAAUCUCCUAAAACACCUGGUGCUUCCUCGGGGCAAGGAGGUAAACAAAAGAAACGACCACAAACUGAUAAACCCAAGCCUGAAAGUCAUCCCGAACAAGAUGAACUGGAGAAAGAGAGGGAGAGACUUCAGAAGGAAGAAGCGGAGAGGAAGAUUAAGCUUCAGGUUUAUGUGUUUGUGUUGCGAUGUAUCGCAUACCCUUUCAAUGCCAAACAACCCACGGAUAUGGCACGCAGACAACAGAAGUUAAAUAAGCAGCAGCUGCAGGCGGUGAAGGAGCGUUUCCAGUCCUUCCUCAAUGGCGACACUCAGAUCGUGGCGGACGAGGCUUUCUGCAACGCAGUGCGAAGCUACCACGAGGGUUUCCUGAAGAGCGAGCGCGUCUCCCGGAUGGUGCAGAGCGGCGGCGGCUCGGCCAGCGACUUCCGCGAAGUCUUCAAGAAGAACAUCGAGCGCCGGGUGCGCAGCCUGCCCGAGAUCGACGGCCUGAGCAAGGAGACGGUGCUGAGCUCCUGGAUCGCCAAAUACGACGCCAUCUCCCGGGGCGACGAGGACCUGCGGCGCCAGCCCCAGCGCAUGCACCUCAGCGCCGUGUCCGAGUUGAUCCUGAGCAAGGAGCAGCUGUUUGAGAUGUUUCAGCAGAUCCUGGGGAUCAAGAAGUUCGAGCACCAGCUUCUCUACAACGCCUGCCAGCUGGACAACGUGGACGAGCAGGCGGCGCAGAUCCGCAGGGAGCUGGACGGGAGGCUGCAGCUGGCCGAGAAGGUUGCCCGGGAGCGUCGAUACCCCAAGUUUGUGUCCAAAGACAUGGAGGCCAUGUACAUCGAGGAGCUGCGCUCGUCCGUCAACCUCCUCAUGGCCAACCUGGAGAGCCUGCCCGUGUCAAAGGGAGGCCCCGACUUUAAGCAGAAGCUCAAACGCUCCUCCUUGAACAGCUCCUUCCUGGACAUGGACGAGGGAGACAUCCUGUCAAAGUCAGACGUGGUCCUCUCCUUUACCCUCGAGAUCGUGAUUGUGGAGGUACAGGGACUGAAGUCCGUAGCCCCCAACAGGAUCGUGUACUGCACCAUGGAGGUGGAGGGGGGGGAGAAGCUGCAGACCGACCAGGCUGAAGCCUCCAGACCACAGUGGGGAACGCAGGGGGACUUUACAACGACGCACCCGCUUCCUGUGGUAAAGGUGAAGCUUUUCACCGAGAGCACGGGCGUCCUGGCCCUGGAGGACAAGGAGCUGGGAAGGGUGAUCCUGAACCCCACCACCAACGGGCCCAAGCAGGCCGAGCUCCACAGGAUGGUGGUGCCCAAGAACAGCCAGGACGCUGAGCUGAAGAUCAAGCUGGCCGUCCGCAUGGACAAGCCCCCCAACAUGAAGCACAGCGGGUAUUUGUACGUGUUGGGCCAGCGGCUGUGGAAACGUUGGAAAAGAAGAUAUUUUGUUCUUGUCCAGGUGAGCCAGUACACCUUUGCCAUGUGCAGCUACAGAGAGAAGAAGUCCGAGCCUCAUGAACUGAUGCAGUUGGAGGGUUACACUGUGGAUUACUCUGACCCCCAGCCAGGUCUGCAAGGGGGUCGGCUGUUCUUCAGCGCCGUCAAGGAGGGCGAUCUGGUGUCGUUCGCCAGCGACGACGAGCAAGACCGGGUGCUGUGGGUGCAAGCCAUGUACCGGGCCACGGGCCAGUCGUACAAGCCCGUGCCUCCCGCUCAGAACCAGAGACAGAACUGCAGAGGAGGAAACCCACAGGCAGACGCCCCUGUCUCACUGCUCAGUCUUGAUCGUACCCAGAGACAGGGAGUGGAGGAGCGAAUUUCGGCUGUGCCUUGUCGGUUCGACCAUGCUGCCCUGUUCACCAUGCUGCAGAAAAACACCCUACAGCACCGCAUGAACGACUCCUUCUCCUGUCUGGGCUGGUUCAGCCCAGGACAGGUGUUUGUCCUGGACGAGUACUGCUCUCGUUACGGGGUGAGAGGGUGCCAUCGUCACCUCAGCUACCUGAGGGACCUGAUGGAGUACUCAGAGAACAACUCUCUGGUCGACCCUACCCUUCUUCACUACAGCUACGCCUUCUGUGCCUCCCACGUCCAUGGAAACAGGCCGGAUGGGAUGGGCACUGUCACCGAAGAGGAGAAAGAGCAGUUUGGCAAUAUCAGAGACCGACUCCUGAGCCUUUUGGAGAACCAGAUCGUUCAUUUUAGGUACUGUUUUCCGUUUGGGCGACCAGAUGGAGCACUCAAAGCCACACUCUCCCUGCUAGAAAGGGUUUUGAUGAAGGAUAUCACCACACCUGUCCCUCCAGAGGAGAUUAAGAAGAUGGUUCAGAAAUGUCUGGAGAAGGCAGCGUUGAUCAACUACUCCCAGCUCACCGAAUACGCACAGAUCGAGGCUGACAAUCAGACCACACCACAGAAGAGAUUGGAGGACAUGAUUCGCCUGGGAGAGCUGUGUAUAGAGGUCCUCCAGCAGAAUGAUGAGCACCACUCAGAGGCGUUCUCGUGGUGGCCGGAGAUGAUGGCGGAGCAUGCGGAGACCUUCUUGUCCCUCUACACUGUGGACAUGGACGGCGCCCUGCAGGUCCAGCCCGUUGACUCAUGGGAUAGCUUCCCCCUGUUCCAGCUGCUUAACAACUUCCUGCGAACCGACCCUUACCUGUGCGACGGGGCGUUCCACAAACACCUGCAGGAACUGUUCACACCCCUGGUGGUGCGCUACAUCGACCUGAUGGAGUCCUCCAUCGCCCAGUCCAUCCACCGAGGCUUCGAGCAGGAAACCUGGCAGUCUGUCAAGACGAUUACCAACAACCUACCAAGCGUGCCUCUGCCCAAAGUCCCCAACCUUCCCCUCAACCUGCCGCCAAUGCCCAGCUUCUCGGCGCCAGCCUGGAUGGGUCCGCUGUGCGACAGCACCUUGCAAGGAAUUAAUUUACCCAAUUUUUUAAAUGGCUCGGCCACUUCAGAAGACUUGUUCUGGAAGCUGGACGCCCUUCAGAUGUUUGUCGUGGACCUGCACUGGCCCGAGCUCGAGUUUGCCAAACACCUGGAGCAGAGACUGAAGCUCAUGGCCAGCGACAUGAUGGAGGCAUGCGUCAAAAGAACAAAAGCUGCUUUUGACUCCAGGAUGCAGAAGGCCAGUAAAUCAACUGACUUCCGGGUCUCCCUCUCUGUGUGCACCAUGUUCAACGUGCUCAUGGAUGCCAAGAAGCAGUGCUCUAAGCUCUGUGUGCUGGACUCGAGUCAAGAGAGUGAUAAACAAUGGCAACAGUACCACUCCAAAGUCGAUGUUCUGAUCGAUGAUGCUUUUACAGAAAUGAUUUCCACUCUCGUAUCAAAGUUUGCCGUGGUUUUGGAUGGCGUCCUCGCCAAGCUCUCGAGAUACGACGAAGGGACAUUCUUUUCUUCAAUCCUCUCUUUCACGGUGAAAGCGGCUGCCAAGUAUGUGGAUGUCCCUAGUUGUUCUACAGCAGCUCAAUGUUCUUCCAUCCUGCCCCUGCAGAAGCCAGGGAUGGAUCUGGCCGAUACCUACAUCACCUUUGUGCGUCAGAACCAGGACAUCCUUCGAGACCGCGUCAACGAGGAGAUGUACACAGAGAAAGUGUUUGACCAAUGGUACACAAGCUCCAUGAAGGCUGUCUGUGUGUGGCUUACAGACAGACUAGACCUGCAGCUCCACAUGUACCAGUUGAAAACACUCAUCAAGAUCGUCAAGAAGACAUACCGGGACUUCCGUCUCCAAGGGGUUCUGGACGGCACGCUGAACAACAAGAGUUACGAGAACGUGUACAGCCGCCUGACGGUGGAGGAGGCCACGGUGGUGGUGAAGGCUGGAGACGGCCUCCAGGGAAUCACCAUGAGGGACAGCGAUGAGGAAGAGGGCUGAGGGCUCUUCAUCAUAUGGCACCCACUCUCACACCUCCAGAUAGAAAGGACGACAGACCUGGGCUCUUUUUGUGUUCUUUGAGUUGGAAGGGAUGGGAAAUGCUUGUGUGUGUUGGAAGGGAUGGAGAACGCGUGUGUGUGUGCGUGCGUGCGUGUGUGCGCCUGUGUGUCCACACGGAUACACAUACUUGUGUUCACAUGCACUAACGUUUGUGUUUACAGCUGCAUUUGUGUAGAUGUUUGUGUGUGUAACAGACGGAUAGAAAUUGUGGGCAGAAGGAAGUAGAGAACAUGCACACACACACACACUAACGAUGAGGAACAUUCACAUUAUUGUCAUGCUUUCCUCUGAGUCAUCAGCCACCCCUGUGGGCACACCUUCCUAGCCAUGUUGACAUAAUGUCACUUUGUACAGUGUAGCUCAGUGGUCGCCUAUAAUCGCCUUCUGCUGUACCCAUGGGUCAUUCAAUUUGUUUAUUAGAUUGUAUUUUAUUUCAAUGGUGAAGUAGACCAGGAAAAUAAAUAUGACAUCUUCAUAUGGGUACAUUCAUACAUUUGGGAGUCAUAACAGAGAAAUCAAUUUAUUACAGGUAAAAAUGUAAUAGGAUUGUCCUUCAUAAUAUCUGAAAGAUUGCUUCAAUUCACAAAUCCUGGCUUGAUGUACUGAGAGCAAACAAUGAUGUCCUUGUGAGGAUGCAUAUAGGCUCAAAGUUCUAUAUUGUAAUUUAAUUGUAGUGUAUGUAUGCUUGAGUUUGAUAGUGGUCACAAGAAUUCCCAGUAAUUCAAAGUUGUGUUCAAUAGGCUACUAAGCCCUUGUGCAUCAUAUUUAUAAUCUGAGUUGGCGUUUUAAAUAUGGUAUACUUCAAUUAAUUUGUGUCAGUGGAGUUUAAAGGCAAAAACAAAUUGGCUAAAAUAUAACAUGAGAUAUAUUUAUAUUGUCUUUCUGUGCACCUGUUUUUGUUCAGGUGUGUCUUAAUUGUGAAAAUUAAAGUGUUUUUAAAGCAA